AUGGGAAAUACUCUCCCGGCAUGUUCGAAUGGUAUGAGGAGGUUCCUCUCAUACUUGGGAUCGUUUUGUUGCUCAUCCAAACACCCUACGCGUGUUGUCGUUGGUGGGGUCGAGUAUAACGUUGAGCGGUUACUGGGGGAGGGGGGCAGUGCCUACGUGUACAAGGGCCGGGAUACACGCUCCGGAAACUUCAUUGCCCUUAAGCGGUUUACAUUAAAGGAUCAUCAAUACAAGACACAGUGUAUGGAGGAGGUGGCAUUACAUCGCUCAUUAUGUCCACACUCUUCCAUUAUUACAUUUUAUGACUCGGAUAUAGUGAAACGGCCAGGGCCUAUUCUCCCAGAGCUUUGGAUUGUCAUGGAGCUUUCCGAAGCUCCUACGCUGGCAAAUUAUAUCAACAUACGCAUGGCGGUGAAGCAGUCUUUUACGAUUCGUGAGGUGUACGAGAUCAGUCAUGUUGUCGUGGGUGUCAUUGCCCACAUGCACAGCCAGUCGCCUCCGGUUUCUCACUGGGAUAUUAAAGCAGAGAAUUUUCUCUUUGAGGACUCGCAAAAUCUGAAACUGUGCGACUUUGGAAGUGCCUCACGUUUAUAUUAUGAACCACAGAAUGCGCUUCAUGUCUCCAUAGCCGAGGCGGAGUUGGGUGAACGCAUGACGCUGCUUUACCGCCCGCCCGAGUCGCUGGAUCUUUGGUCACGGCAGCGGGUAGACACGAAGUGUGAUAUAUGGAGCCUGGGGGUUUUGAUUUAUUUACUGAUUUUCUUUGAGAUGCCAUUUGAGGCCAAUGUCAUGGAAAUUAUGGACGGCAUCCCACGAAGAUUUCGAGAGGGCAACUUGGAGGAGGUCCCCCGUGAGGAAUUCAAGCCCGUGGUAGAAAUUGUGAGAACAAUGAUGUUAGUGAAGGAUCCAGUGAAGCGUGCGGACAUUUUUGAUGUCUCACAACGUCUCAGUGCGCUCUCCCACAUCCCUCCCAUCCCUCGUCCCAGGCCUGGGUACCAGCGUCCCCAGGAUUCACGGUUUUAA